AAGAAAUGGUACAAAAAGAAGAUACACAAGAACAAAAUAUAUAUGAACCAAUGAUGGAAGAUGUGAUGACAGAUGUUCAGCAGACCAGAUUGCAAACUCAGGAGCCAUCAACGCAGCAGCAGCAGCAACAACAACAACAGACAAUUAAUAAUGAAAAACAAGAACAACUAAAAAUGAUGGCCAACAUUGGUAAUGAUGAUGUUGAUUAUGGUGAUAAUAUAUAUGAUGAUGCUUUUCCUGGUACGCCUGAGCUUGUUGAAGACUAUAAUGAAGAAGAAGAUAAUAACGAUCUUUAUUUGAUUAGUCUAAAGGAAGUGAAAGAUUUAGCUAGUCAACCUACUUAUUUAUUGAAAAAAACCAAGACAUUAGCCAAUUUACAUAUUGUAGCUAUAGGAAAAAUAGCACAAACAAUUAUGCGAGACAUUAGAAAUUCUACAAAUGAUCAGUCUUCAAAAGAUUUAAUUCAAAAUUAUUAUAAUAUGAUCAAUAAUGAAUUAAAAAAUUUUCAAAGGCAAUACAACAAACAUGUCGAAUUAGACACUGCAUUAAAGCAUAUUAGGUCUUAUUAUAAAAAGAGAAAUAAGCAAUUGCUAAGUGUUGUAGGUGAAUAUAAUUCAGUUACAAGACAAAUAGAACAAGAAGAGGCUCAAUUAGCAGAAUUAGAAGAAAAGAAAAAGGGAUUCUCUUCAUUUGACGAUUUAUUUAAUAAAAUUAAACAACUUUAAUUUUCUUGUAUAUAUAAAAAAAAAUUAUGUUUAUGUCUAUUUCAAGGAACCAAUAAAGUCUAAUUCCUCUUUCAUUCAA